GUGACAUACCAGCUGAAGAUCCCUUGCACAGCCUUAUGUACAGUCCUGAUGCUAAACCGUAGCCUUAGUAAGUUGCAGUGGUUCUCUGUCUUCAUGCUGUGUGGCGGCGUCACCCUUGUUCAGUGGAAGCCUGCUCAGGCCACGAAAGUACAGGUGGAGCAGAAUCCAUGGCUAGGGUUUGGAGCGGUUGCUGUUGCUGUACUGUGUUCGGGAUUUGCAGGAGUUUAUUUUGAGAAGGUCUUAAAGAGUUCAGAUACUUCCUUGUGGGUGAGGAAUAUUCAGAUGUACUUAUCUGGGAUUGCGGUGACUCUAUUUGGUGUGUACAUGUCAGACGGAGCCCAGGUGCUCGAGAAAGGGUUUUUCUAUGGCUACACCUACUACGUCUGGUUUGUCAUCUUUCUCGCCAGCGUAGGUGGCCUCUACACCUCGAUUGUCGUGAAGUACACGGAUAACAUUAUGAAAGGCUUUUCUGCGGCGGCAGCCAUUGUUCUUUCUACUGUGGCUUCGGUCAUCCUCUUUGGCCUCCAGAUAA